AUGCAGGACAGUGGAGUACAAGUGCAAAAAGUAGAGAGGAGCCGGCUUUUGGAGGGCUACCUGGACAUCAUUUACAUGGACCACUUGGUUAAAAUGACCACGAAGGCUAUUGAUUUUCUCUUAUGGUUUUCAUGGGUUGAGAUUCUGGAGAUCAAACAAUGCGUAGUGCCUGAUCUUCAUUUCUCUGUCCCUCACCACAUUUCUCUCUUCUUCAAGUACAUGUAGUGCUUCUUCACUUACACAUUCUAACCUAACCUUUUCUUCCCACUUUCUGCUCAUAAGGAGAAGACGGAGGGGUACACAACUUGUACUAGUCGUACUACUAGUGCCAUGACUACUAGCACCACUAUUUCUUACCCACUUUCUGUUCCUUCUUCAUUUACACUCUCUACCCACUAUUUUCUAUUCAAUCAUAAACCGAAGGUUAACCUAAUCUAACCUAGGAACUCUGUCGGAGUAUGUAACUUGGGUGAUUUUUUUUUAUAUAGGUUGAUUAAUUGUUUGAAAGGGUGGUGGCAUAACAGUCCUAACGCAAAAAAAAAAAAUAUCGGCACUAGGAACGGUGCUAUCAGGGGUACACACAUACAACCUAACCUGAGCUCAGAUCCCUAGCCUAAAAUUUCUACCCAUUUCCUUCUUCAUAAAAAGAAGGCGAGUCGCAUCCUCUCGGAGUGUCUCUGCGAGAGAAAUGGGCAGAUAAGUCGUUCGGCAAGCCAAAAAAGGGUGAGCUUCUGGAUGUCAGGAAUUUUUAAGGCUUAAUACCGAGUCAUCACUGAUAAGUAUGUACGUAGACAUCAGAGGAUUCAUUUAUAGCUUCUCACACAGAAAAAUAACUUUAAGUUUAUAAGAAUUAUCUAUGAGAUAACUUAUGCAGUUGCAAUCAGGGAAAUCAUAUGUCUGCAACGAAUUCGUCAGUAGCAUGACCAGACUUGAACAAGUAGGGGUCGUCCACAAGGGAAAUUAUUUCGACAAUGUACUGAGACUCUUCGAUUCAGAAUUUGUCGAAGGAGGUUUCUGGCUUGACGAGGAAGUGAAGCUCUUCUGUCAAGAUAAUUCUAGAUGUUGUGCUACGAGGGACGAUUGAUUGUCCUCGUCUAAACUGUGCCGGAUAGAGUUACCUACUCGUUACAACUCUACCACGAUGCGACACAUCAACAAAUGGUAAUCCAUCGAAGUCACGAGUUAAGAUCGUGGCGUCUUUGAGCUAGAUGACCACAUUAGCCCCCUUGGGUUAAAUUUAGACCCUAGGGGAUGAACUUUGAACUAAAUAAAAGAACCGUGGGACUAUUCUCAAGGGCGUUGAACCACUUGUCCUCCAGCAGCGUUGAACCAGUUUAUUAGUUCUGAUUCAGGCAUCAAGAACUCAUCUGUCGUGAGUCGUGCAACAUAGAGAGGCACAUAAUACAAAUCCCUUGUUGUGAAUGAGUUCCAACUACUUGUUGCCAUCAUUGGAAGUUGGUAUGAAGAAUUUUACCCAUGGAAUGGAGUCUUCAUUGAGUCAUCUACAUCCUCACCGUGUAAGUGUAUAAAAAUCUGAAUGCACGAUCGUCCCUGAUCGUCAGGGAAAUCUUACGCAUUCUGCCGAAUAGAAUCCCAUCGUCAUAUCGUCCCUGAUGUCAACGGGAACACUCUAACUUUCCUGGAGAAGGAGAAGAAAGAGAGCAAGAAAGACGACGAAGGAGACGAAGGACGACCUGUUUUUUUAAGGGUUGGAAGUUGACCUCUUCUCUAUGAACAGCAUCGCUAUGGCAGCUUUCUUCAAGUAGGAAAGCUGCCAUACUAGAUAUGCGAACUACUACGAAUGCGAACUACCAACUUUCUUCAACCCCUAAAUCUCCGGGAAUUUCUGGCAUUCUGCUGGUUCGCGUUCAUCGCGGUAGUGCUCCUCCUCGCGCUUGUUCUGCCAUGCUUCGUAUUGUGUCGAAAAAAGGAUUUUAUGGCGUGAUUCAUAACUACUUGAGUGUAACAGCACUUUUCCUAUAAUCGUGAAGUAUUAGGUGAAGCAAUUCUCAUAGAGCCCAUCACUACAAAGCACUUAGAGAAUACAUUUCAUUUUUAGACUUUUCCACUUGAAGAGGUUGAUAUUGAAAGGGCUUUUUGACAUGGUAAACAAAGAUAUCGUCAGGGAUAUCUUAGAAUUAAUCGAGUCCUCCUUUCAUAGACUACGUGGAGGCCUCACGACGUCAGCCCUGGCCUGAAGGAAAAUACAAGGUCUACGGUCGGGAGGUAGAUUUAUGAAACCAAGAAUGAUAUUGCACAUACUGGUACUUCUUACUGUAAAUUCUCAUUUUUCUUUUAUACGACACACUUGAACCUUGUUUUUUAGACUCUUUCCUUCCUUCUACUACCUUACACGCAUUAAUAAUCGCUUGUGGCUUUUAUUUUAUACACGUCUACUUUCCUCGCAGGAUUGUGUCUAACUUUUUCUUGAACCUUAGACUCUUCUCCAGACAAAGAAUGAGAUCUAGUAGUAAUAAUGAGGAUUUCUCUAACAUCUUCAGAACCAGAAGAGGAAGAGACGACACUUCCGUUAUGACGCUGCCGCGUGGUCGUCAAUUUAAUAGUAACCUAGUAUCUUUUGCACAGAUUCUUCCUCUCCUCCGUCCUCUCCUCUCCUAUUCAGUCUUCCUAUAGUAUCUUGUAUCAUCCUGCUUUUGUAAUUUAUGAUGCAGAUUCCAGUAUCUUGCCGGUGAUUAGGUACGAGCACUUGAAACGCAAGAAUGCCGCUGGAGGAGGCUUGUCGAUUGUCAUUCCAAGUAGAUAUGAUUAAACCAUUCCAGUAGUACUUCACUGCCUGGCCUCAUAAGUAGACAGAAAUAGCUAGUACACAAGAGGCGCCAUCGCAUGACAUCCAGCGUCUUGCAGGUGACUAUGUGCGAUCACUUGAAGCGCGAUGAUGAUGAUGAUGAUAAGUAUCUUAGCACUCGAAGUAGAUACGACUAUCAUUCAUCAUCAUCUUAGCACUCGAAGUAGAUACGACUAUCAUUCAUUCGCUCCAGUAUCUUUUCCUCUUGCUUCUAAGAUAAAGCACAUUCUUGGGUUCGAUUUUUGGAGCUGGCUUUGACACCCUUUAUGGGGAGGAGGUGAGCGACUAUGACGAUGCAGAUGUUGAAAGGCUUGUUAUUACCGGCGGCAUUCAACUCGAGAGGACAGCGAAGGAGGAGAAAAAGGUCAAGAAGUCGAAGAAAGGUUUAUGAAGUAAACAUACAAAAAAGAGAAAGGAUUUAAGAUAUGAAAGUAUGUCUAACUAUGCUUCUAAGAUUCUCGGGGGAUCGAGAUUAUGAAGUAAAACCCUAUGCCCUUCAUCUACUUCUCCUCGCCGCUUUAGAGUGUUUCAAGAACAACUGUUCUGAAGACGAAAAAUGUUGUUGUUCCUUGUAUUUAAACCUACGACUUGAUAAGUACAUCAGUCUUGUGCCUGUCGUGUCAUAGAGAUUUUGCACGCCUCUCGAUUCGCUAUUCGAUCUAUAAAAAAAAAAAUCCGUCUGAUCUUAGCGUUCGAGGAUGCAAGAGAAUAUCAAUCUAUUAGACCUCUUGCUAAUGUGAUUCAAGUCUGUCGCAGGUGACGAUGCUGAUUUCGGUGAUGAUUUUGGCGACACGGGGCAGCUCCAGUUAUGCUCCUUCAUGAUUAUAUUAAAGAUAUCUACCACCACCUGGCUACAUCUGUUAGCCUCGCUUUAAGAGGAUACUGAUAGUAUUCCGUGGUCUACCACCACCUCCCUACAGCUGUUCCACCUCCUUUUCGGUGGCGACCAGAGUCCUCAGUUGUAAAGGCUUUACAACUUCAUCGUGGAAAGGCUUUACAAGCUAACCGCGUAAAGGCUUUACAACUGUUUCUUACAGGUUGCAACUGUUUCUUACAACUGUUUCUUACAACUGUUUCUUACAACUGUUUCUUACAACUGUUUCUUACUGUAUACUGCUAGUUACCUCUUUCUUAGAAUGUUCGUCGUUCCUUUUUGUCCCGCCAUUAGGCUAGAAGUACUGAAUGUGACACCAUGAUGAUGAAGACUCAUACUAUUCUGUAUUGUUACAAUGUUCACGACACAGUUUUCGUUUUUGUUUUCUCAGAGUUGCAGUUCUUUGGUAAGAUGAAGAAAUUAUAUUUUGAUGUGACAGGAGUGUACAUGCAUGCUUUUUCGUGGUCUAAUCUGAAACUACUGUUGUAUGGGCUAUUAAUCUGAAACUAGUGUAGUAUGCCGGUCUAAUCUGAAGUACCUUCGUAA